AUGGAGUUGUUGAGCGAUGAAGAGGGAAUGACAGAGCAGUUUCCUGUAGGAAUGAGGGUCCUGGCCGUAGAUGACAAUCCAACCUACCUUGAGAAACUAAAAGACUUGAUGCUUCUCUGCAAAUAUCAUGUGACAACGACAACAGAUCCAAAGAAAGCUCUAGAAAUGCUGAGAGAGAACUUCUACAUAUUUGAUCUGGUUAUAGCCGAUGCAGAUAUGCCGGACACUGAUGUCUUCAAGUUGCUUGAAAUUGGUCUUGACAUGAACCUUCCUGUCAUCAUGAUGUCAUCUCAUAGCGACCACGACAGUGUUAUGAAAGCUGUUAUACAUGGCGCGUGUGAUUAUCUGCUCAAGCCUGUUGGCCUCAAGGAGCUUCAGAAUAUAUGGCAAUAUGUUGUUCAGAAGAACAUUAGCAAAUACGCAAAAGGCAAAGACCCUUUUGAUUCCCAACUCCCCCAAAGUAUCAGCAACAACCAGGAAGACAAAGUCAAUGACAGUGAACACAAUGGCCAAGAGCCACGUACCCUGGAGCUUCGUGUCUUCGCUUGGACACCGGAGCUACACCAGAAGUUUGUCGCUGUCGUUGAGCAAUUGGGUUUAGAGAUUUCUGUUCCCAAAAAAAUACAGAAACUCAUGAACGUGGAAGGUCUCACGCGUGCAGACGUAGCCAGCCAUUUGCAGAAGUAUAGAGGAUGCUUGAAAAAGUUGGACGAACAUCAGCAGCAGAACCUGGCUUCAGAUGCAUCUCGUACGGUGGGAGAACCCGGAGACACAGGUUCUUCUUCCCACUGA